AUGCAGAACUACGAAAGUGCAGAGCGGCACUGUAGCCUGGCAAGGGCUCGGGAGGACGACUUCCUGCCUGGUCGUAAAGAGGAUCUUCCUAGGGCUGGAGCCUGUGCAGUACUAUCUAACGCUAGUCGAGUUACCCUGAAACGAAAAAGCCACAAGUCUCUUGCAGCGGACUGUGCGUGUGCGUAUUUGUGCGUAGGGUGGGGAAAUACUACUACUACUACUACUAAUAAUAAUAAUAAUUCAGUGGCGAGGUGGAAGCGGGAGAGACUAUUAUGUCGGCAGACAAUAAAGCGGGAAGGGUAGGGUACAGCUUCACGGUACCGUCGGCUGCCUGCCCCCCCCGCUCGCCUGCUUGCAGUUUGCAUUCCGCUUCGUGAUGGGAACAGCGCCCCUGAUGGGCGACUGGAGCGUCGCCUUGAGCGGGACUUUGUUUGCCCAUAGCCGAAAUGGCGCUGCGAGCGUCAAGGGCUGCUCCCAGACCGGUUCCCUCCGUAGGGCAAAGAGCCGCUUCGCCCCAGCUCUUCCUGGUAGCCGGCGAGGGGCCGGAACCGGAAGCGAGCUGUUAGGGAACCGAAGGAGCCGCGGCGGCUGAAGCAGGAAAGGAGCGUGGCGGUAGCUUACAGGCGCAAUAAUAAUCCGCACGGCGCGAGAGCCCCGGGAGGCGCCCUCUGGCUAAGUCGCGGCACCGGCACCAUCGCCUCCUCCCCCGUGCGGUUCCCCAGCACUGGACGGUGAGUUGCGUGCCUGGGUUCCCGGACACCCGCCCCUGAAGACGCCGCCGCCGCUUCUCCUUUUCGGGCUCUCCUGGGGCGCGAUUGGAGGAGGCGGAGUCCAUACGAGCAGGGAAAGCGGGGGGUCUAAGGGACUGGGGCGCGGAGAAUUCGGGGUGGUUAACCAGAGCAAGCUCGUGUUUCCAGCCUUGCAACACAGCUGCGCGAUUUUAAGGCUGCAAUCCUGACGGAGUGGGCUCAGAUCUAGGUGCUAUUGAAUCCCGUGGGUUUCACCUCCCCCAGGCGAGCAGAGUUAGGAUUGCAGCCCGAAUUCCGGCAACUUUGUGGCGUUGUCAAGGAUUCGGAUAUCUCGAACCGAAGGACAGACAGAGAUGCGGUUGGCAGUUGGGUGUUAAUUCGCAGAGCUCCUUUGGAUCCUUUUUUUGCAAAAACUGUGCACGGAAAGGAAGAUCUAACAAACGAGGGUGUUAGCCCCAGGGCUCUUGGAUUCGGUGUUGUUGCGGCAGAGGGACAGGAUCGCCUUUCUGAAAUCUUACCUGCACAAUGGGAUUUGUGAUCGCAAUUGGCAUGGUCAGAAGUAUCAUCAUUAUGCCUGCGUCGUGGAGUCCCAUAAUGGUGCUAAAGAGUAGACCGUGAAUGCACAGUAAGGAUGCAUUGGAUCAAGGGGGAAGCACUCGUGUGUUUUUUUGUGUGUUUUUUUUUGUUUUUUGUUUUUUAAACACUGAGUAGCAGGGCUGAGAAUGACACGUUUCUGCUGAGGAUUUUGGAGAUAGUAGGUUGGAUGAUAAUGACCUAGAUGGACUAGCAUCUGACUCAGCAGCUUCUUAUGUAAUUUCUGCAGUGCUACUUGUUACCUUUACAGUAUGAAGUACAAGUGAGACAAAUUUGAUACGUUUUUGGGAAGGAUUCAUUUUUCUGAGACCUCCGUUUCUCUACUCUCUCAGGCCAACUUCACAAAUGAUAGAAUUGCCAUGAGGCUUUUAUAUGUGUUUUAAUAUUGCGCUUCCUGCAAUGUAAAAUUAGUAUUAUUCACUUACAAAGUGCCUCCAUUUUCUAAGGGCUGUGCAUGUAUUAAAAGAGAAGUCUGUCCCUGUAAAUAGACUUACAAUCUAAUAGACAUGAUACAGAAGGGGAAACUGGAAUCAGGAGGGGAAAAUAAGAAACGGGAUUGGAACACCUGCUUAUUCACUAGCUCAUGAUAGACUCAUAGAAUUGUAUAGUUGAAAAGGACCCUGAGGGUCAUCUAGUCCAACCCUCUGCAGUGUAGGCAUUUCAACACGUGUUCCCCCAAUACAUGUGAAUCAGCCCAUUACCUCUGAAUCAGUCCUAGAAUUGCCUCUUUAUUUUCCCAGAUUUUGUUUAUUUAUUUUCUUAUAUGCUGCCUUUCUUCCAUCAUGGAACCCAAGGUGGCACACGUUUUAUUCUCAGGUGGUUAUCCAAUCAGGUGCUGCUUAGCUUCAGCAAGAUGGCUUGUGUCAAGAUAUAUACCUUAUAACUGAUUGCACACCCGCGGAUUUACAGAAGCAUACACUUGCUUAACUAUUUCUGCUGAAAUACAAUGCUUAAGUUAAAUGUCUUCAUUUGUUUCCAGUUUCUUUUAUAAGAUGGGAACUCUCAUUGCACUUAUUGGAAUAUGGGUGAGCUUCUCCCUGGUAAAAGCAGAUUCAAAAGCAGUGACGACUUCUUUGACUACUAAGUGGUUUUCCACACCUUUAUUACUUGAAGCAAGGUAAGCAAGAUGGCUAACUCAAUGGUGUUUUUUUUUAAAAAAGCAGUUUAAAUAUGUAAUCUCCUAUAUAAUUUGUGUCCCUGUGUUACAAAUGAGGGAGGCUUAGACAGUGGCUUGCCUUAAAAAUACCCAGUAAAUUAAUUACUGAAUGGAAUUUGAAUCCGGACUUGUGAAAUGCGGUGUCAUAGUUUUUUUUUAAAUAAACCCCAAAACAAAACUUAACAUAAUGUAAUGAUUCCUCUCACCUCCUUUCUUCAGUGAAUUUUUAGCAGAAGAAGGUCAAGAGAAAUUUUGGAGCUUUGUUGAAACCUGUCAGAACUUUGGAUCAUCCAAUCAUGAUGGUAAUUAUUGCUUUGCUUGGUUGCUUUGUAAUCAGAUAGGGUACUGUGCGCUAAAUUCUUUGUAAAGGCUCAUUGGUAUAAAUGACAAACACUUAAUACAGCUGUACCUCGGAAAUGGAACAGAAUCCAUUCUGGAAGUCCGUUCGACUUCCGAAACAUUCGACUUCCAAAGUGCGGCUUCUGAUUGGCUGCAGGAAGCUCCUGCAGCCAAUCAGAAGCCGCAGAAGCCCCAUCGGACAUUCGGCUUCUAAAAGAACGUUCGAAAACCGGAACACUCACUUCCGGUUUUUGAUCAUUUGGAAGCCGAAACGUUCAACUCCCAAGGCGUUCAGGAGUCGAGGUACGACUGUAACUUGUUUUUCUCUUUCCAUUUGUAGAAUAAUGCUAAAUAUAAAAAAAGUAAAGAUUUUCAUUUAUGCUUUACACUUUAAUGGAAAAUGGUAACCAGUCAAAGCUUAUGCAGAUAUAAAUUGGCCAUUUAAGGCAGAUCUGUAGAACUUAGUGACUGACCAAGCCAAAUAAACCUGCUAGCUGCAUUUCCCCACUCUCAGAGCCUUUAUCUGCGUUGCUGCCUACUUUGGUCUUCAAAAGCAGAUAUAUUUUGACAUGCCACAAUACAUAGUGGACAGCGUUCAUCUUGCUGAGUCACAAGUUAUACAAGCCUACUCUUAAGGGAUGAAAAACUAGGUAUAGGAUGAUACACUCUUUCCUUCCCACAUGCUAAUUGCCCAUUCCAUUUCCCCCUUUACAUGUGCACCGAAACUUGAACUGUGGACAAAACACUUUUAAAUAGCUAGUACAGAAGCCAAUCAGACUGGUGGAAGCAGUGACAGUUCUGUGCUUUGCCAUUCUGAUUGGCUGUCAUUUCAGUGCUGUGCAGUAAGAAGGAGCCAUUUUCUCAUUGUGCAGCAUGGAAGUCAAGCAAGCUGGAUAUGUAUGUGAGAGAGGUGUGAAUGCCAUGUGGUGUGGCGGGGAGGGGGGAGAGAGCUUUGUGUAUGUAUGCUUUGGCCCCAGUCACUGUCUAUGAGGGAACGUGGUGUUUGCAGGGGUGGGGAGAUGGUUCACCACCUCUUUAGAGCCUAAUGACUGUAAUUUAUAAUUGAUAUGUCUUUGCAAGGUUAACAAGCUAAAGUAACUAAGACAUCAUUAUUAUUAAUGAAAACAUAUAAUAUUUUGUUGUAAUAGAAUUACAGUGGUGCCCCGCAAGACGAAUGCCUCGCAAGACGGAAAAACCGCUAGACGAAAGGGUUUUCCGUUUUGAAGUUGCUUCGCAGGACGAAUUCCCCUAUGGGCUUGCUUCGCAAGACGAAAAUACCUUGCGAGUCUUGAGAUUUUUUUCGCUUUUCCCCCUUUAUCUAAUCUGCUAAGCCUUUAAUAGCCUUUAAUAGCCUUUUAGCAGCUAAUCCCCUAAGCCUUUAAGCCUUUAAUAGCCGCUAAACAGCUGAUAGCGCUAAUAGCGCUAAUCCGUCAAUGGGCUUGCUUCGCAAGACGAAAAAACCGCUAGACGAAGACUCUCGCGGAACGGAUUAAUUUCGUCUUGCGAGGCACCACUGUAUGUUAUAAUAUAAUAGAACUGCUUACUAUUGGGGAUAUCUCAUUAAACGGAUCAGACACAUUCCAGAAGUCAUACCUAUAAUGCACAUGAAUUCCAAGUAUAUCAUAAAAGCAAUUAUGUGCUUAGCAAUUGUAGUAGUGACCAAUGAGUAUGAAUAAUCAAGUUCAGAGAAAGAAAGAAAGAGAUUUUCUGUAUGCAGUGUUAUAUGGAGGUAGCCUAGGAUCACAGUGUUUACCAGCUUGUAGUCAUAUAUUUCCAACUUGAUGACUGCACAGGAUGCUGAUUCCUUGCGUUGUUUUAAAUUGUGUCACUUUUUGCAUACGGUUGUAGUAUGAACCACGACAAUUAUCACUGAUUUUUAAAAUCCCUCUGCACUUGCAUUAAAAACUAAAUAGUUUACUUUAUGGGUUGGCAGGUACUGAUUAUUCCUCUUACUAUGCAAUGCUGCAAGCAGCUUCCCAGAAUCUUUCACCUUUGCAACAGAACUUGUUGAAAUUUGCCUUGUCUUUGCGCUCUUAUUCAGCUACGGUUCAAGCCUUCCAGCAGGUUAGUAUAUAGCUUUUGGAACAUUUCUGAUUCCGAUGUUUUCAUACAGACAGUAAUGCAAAAAGGAAACACUGGGUGUCUCCUCUCCCUGAACUAGCAACCUAAGCCUUGUGUUUGACCAUAUUACAAUGACUAAUUUUUUGACAGUGACUGACUAUACUGUGUUUAUUGGGAGUGGUAAUAUGUUGAUGGACCUUAUUGAGUUGACAGACAAUAUCCCCUUCCCUGAUUGAUUGAUUGCUUGCCAGCCUAGUCAGCAAGGUUAGGUGUGGUGUCGAGGCACUGACAAUCUUCCACCUCUUUCCUGACCACUGCCCAGAGAAGUAUUGGGCAUGGUACCAGUGCUGCAAAAGUUACCACAUGGAUAUUUAUGUUCCUUUAAAAACCCCCCAAAAACUUAAAUUUAAAAGGAAUGGCUCUCAUUUUGCAAUUGCAAAAGAAACUGUUUCAGUAUCCUGCCCUCCAUCUUGUUCGCCUACCUUCCCUCAAUAGCUGCUCGCCCAGCAUUAAUAAUAAACACAAAACAAGACUGAGAGAAAGAAAAGAGGGGCGGGGGGGAAGGGAAGGGAAGGGAAGGGAACAAAUAAAGUUGCUGUAAGAUUAUCCCUCUUUCUCUCAUUUAGCUCCAAGACAGGAGACCUUUCUUGAUUGAUUAUAAAAUGGAGUGAUUUUUAUUUUGUGUGGUAUUUGUCUUUGAAAGAAUCUAAGAAGUUUAUUCUACCCUCCUCGCUGGUAUCCAUCUGGGCUGGAAGCAGAAAAGCUGUGCAAAUGCCCCCAUUCCACAAGUCGUGGCCAGUUUUUUUGAUGUGACUCAGUGCUCUACUGUUUGUUCAUAUGGAUCAAAAAUGACAAUGCACAGAUGAAUCUAUUAGAAGCAGAGUAUCUUGUGAUCCUGUUACUAUGACCAUGAUGCGAUUUCCCCCCCACUCUGAAAAAGGUUGACAUCUUACUAUAAUAGAUCCAUUUUAAUACAGAUAGCAGCUGAUGAGCCCCCACCAGAGGGAUGUAAUGCAUUUUUUGUUGUACAUGGAGAGAAGACGUGUGAAUCUGACAAACUCAAAAUGCUUCUACAAACAGCUUCAGAAAGGUAGUUUUAUUUUGUACCAAGGCAUCAACUAUGCUGCUUCUUAUUUUGUUAAAAUAGGGCAAUCUGAUUCAGUGUUGGUCAUUUGUUCUGUAUUACAUAAUUCUAUGAUUUCAUAGUUUCACGAUGUUUAAAUAAUUUUAUUGUACACUGCUUUGCUAUUUUUUAUGAGUUGGGGAUUUAUAAAUAUUCUGAUUAAAUGAUUGAUUAGAAUCUUAACAUGUUGCUACUUUGGACAUAAGGUCCCAGAGUGGGAUGCAAUCAUAAGAUUCUGGGUUGGGUGGGUUACAACAGUAGAUUACAACAAAGAUACAAAUAGAUAACAGCAUUACAAGUAUAAAACGCAUACCGUUCAGUUCCAUUUGCAAUGGCUUUAUAAGUUACACCAUUUUAGGAAUUCAUUCAGUUCCACAAUCGUGAGAAGCAGAGCAAUAAAGUGCUGGGAUUUCCAUAUGGAAAUCUUAUUUUAAUUCUUCAUGAAUCACAUUUAAUAAUUCAAGCAUUAGAAUAAGGACUGUCAUAGUUAUCUAUUUAUGUCUCUUCAAUAUGUUCAGUGUAGUCAUAAGCAUUGUCUAAUCUUGUUUAAGUACAGUAUUUAUAUUGGGGUGUUCGUCUUGUUCUAGGCCAAAGCCUUUUAUAUUCAAAGGCGACCACAAAUACCCAGUCUCAGACCCCGAAAGUCCUGUGGUAAUCUUGUAUGCUGAGAUUGGCUCUGAGGAGAUGUCUAGAUUUCACAGACUACUUGUAUCAAAAGUCAAUGCUGGAGAAAUCACCUACAUUCUUAGGCAUUACAUCGCUGUAAGUACUAAAACAAUUUUAGGAAAGUUCACAGGAUUUCAAGUAUUUUUCAGGAACAAUAUUUGUUAUUUAAGUGCCACUUCAGGAAUAUUUUGCAUUGAGUUCUAAAAUCGUGUGUGUUUUUAUAUAAACCAUAUUGCCAGUUUUUGAUUGCUUUCAAUAUUGCAACAUUUGUGUGUUUUGAAGAGGGGUUAUCUUUUCUGAUUAUAUUCAGAGAUUUAUUCGUCUAUUCGUACAAGACAACUGUGAAGCUGAAUCUAGACUCACUGUUUUAAAGAUCUAGAAGUUGUUAGGUCUCAAUUUGAAGAGGUAAUAGAUUCAGGAUAUUUCUGGUUGCGGUUCUUUUUAUAGUCUUACUGCCCCUUAUGACUUUUGUGGCAAUGUGCAAUGAAAUUUGAGGUUUCAGAUAUGUAAAUACCAGCAUGAGAAGCAUUGCCAAGACAGCAGGAAUCACUACAAGAGCUUAUUAGAUGGAAGCUACAUUUUUCAUCCUCCUACCAGUUGGAGUUCUGAAUUGGGCUGCAACUUUCUUAUCACAGAGAAGGGUGGGUGGGUGUUUAUAGCUGAGCUGAAACACAGCUGGGCACUUGUUCCAAGUUUAAAUCAGGAUGGUCCAACUGCCUGUGAUUAUGGUCUGGCAAAGUUGGGAGAGAUAAACCUAGCAAAUGUCUUGUUGUGCCCAUGUUACCUUGCUUUUACUCCUUUCCCUUUUGUAGAAUCCAAGUAAAGAAAGAGUCUACCUGUCAGGCUAUGGUGUGGAGCUGGCCAUUAAAAGCACAGAAUAUAAGGCCAAGGAUGAUACCCAGGUGAAAGGUGAAUUCCUACCUUAAGAGCAGUGAUGGUUCCACCAUGAACUGGAAUAUGUUCCAAAAUUGUUUUUAAAAUUCUCUUCAUACGCUCUUGCUGUUAUUCUAUUUAGAAUUGAAUCACUUUUUCAGGUUAUAUUAGCAAUACGCUGCAGUAAUCUAAAUCAUUCAUAUUUAUUUAUAUACAACCUUUCCACAAGGAAAUUCUGCUCAAAAUGUCUUGUAACAAGUUAAAUAACAAUAAAUGAAAACCCACUGAGUAGCAAUCACUCUGGAAUUGAUUGCACGUUGACAGGAGCUGCCGAAGCUAGACUAGGCAACCUUUGGAUUGAUACUCUUAAGGACUGGAAGGUUCAUGCAUAUAUUGAUGUACUGUAUUUUUUGCACCAUAACACUCACUUUUUUCCUCCUAGAAAGUAAGGGGAAAUGGCUGUGCGUGUUAUGGAGGGAAUGCCUACGGGUGGCAUGCCUACAGAUUUUCCUCCUCUAAAAGCUACGUGUGUGUUAUGGUUGGGUGCGUGUUAUAGAGCGAAAAAUACGGUACUUUAGGAUGAGUCAACUUGCCCAGGCAACCCAUUAGCUUCCCUUGACGUGGCAGGAUUGUGUAGGUUACCAGUUCAAGCUAGAGUGGGAAGCUUGUCUGGACUUGCUCUCUCCCUGGUUAUUAGCAAUCUGUGUGCCCAAUUUCCUCUCAGGACCCAGUCCCAGGGUCUUGCCUCACACUUCAUCUUCUGCUUUCCUUGCAAGGCUGCCUAACCUCUUACACACAUGUUUAAUUUCCUCCUGCAGAUCCUUUUUUAUGAUAAUAAGCUGUGAUGCAUGAAAAGUAGCAUCCUUCUAAAUGAAGGAAAAGCCAUUGUAAUUUCUAUCUGUGUUUUGUAUAUCCUACUUUCUGUUAAUCCCUCCCUUCCACCAGUUUGCUGACUUCAAAUGCUACUAGCAUGGUGUUGGCUACUAAGUAAAAACUUGCAGAAAAACAUGCAGAGGCAGAAUGAGGAGUGUCGUCAUUGUUCUGUCCUUUUUUGUGCAACAAGCCACUUCUUUUGAAAAAAGUGUUUUAUGUUUGCUCCCUCUGGAGCCAGAGUGAGGAGAGUCUCACUCUGAGACUCUUCACAGUGGCAGUGGAGAGCAGCACCAGAUUAUUUACUGGUUGACAGAAGUAGCAGCAUAAAACCCUCAGGGAAUGAGUGGCAAGGAAUGUCACUGUUCCCCCCUCACCAGGGAAUAACCCCAUUACACUUUGGUGUCUGUUGUAAGAAAUUGCAGCAAUUGUCUACUUAUCUUAGAAACAAGAUGUGCUUGCUGUUACGGCUGUCUGCAGUGCUAAUAUUGUGUGCUGAAGGCUUGCAAAACUUGCCAGACUCUUUAUGACUGAUCGUUUCCUAAAUGGUAUCAUAAUCAGGAAUUUCUUUCAUGUUUCUAUAGGUGCAGAUGUGAAUGCAACAGUAAUAGGUGAAAAUGACCCCAUUGAUGAAGUGCAGGGAUUUCUAUUUGGAAAACUGAGGUACGUCAUGCUCUUGACAAACAUGUUCAUUUUCCUUGGCUUUUCCACCUAAGGCAUUCCAGAAACCAACUUGCAAGGAAAUACAUAAAGAAGAUUGCAGGGAGGGGGCUCCGUAAAAGUGCAUAUGUUUUGCUUGCAAAAGGUCCCAGGUUUGGUCCUGGCAACAGCAGGUGAGGAUGGGAAGGACUUCUACCUGAAACCCUGGAGAGCUGCUGCCAGUCAGUGUUGGCAAUCUUGAGUUAGAUGGGCCUAUUAAACUGUAUACAGCAGCUUCCUCUGUUACUUUUAGCUGCAUUUUCCGACUAAAGCCUACAAAAUAUUAAGAAAAGGGACCCAAAUCCACAUCUAUUAAGGACAGUUGUGCUGGAAGGUAAACAGUGUUUCUGUGUGCUGCUCUGGUUCUCCAGAAGCGGCUUAGUCAUGACCCGGAAGCUGUCUGCGGACAAAUGCCGGCUCCUUCAGCCUAUAGAGCGAGAUGAGCACGCAACCCCAGAGUCGUCCGCUAAUGGUCAGGGGUACCCCCAACUUUAGUAAUAUAGGUUUCCUUAAUUCAUUUUUUUAUUCCAGGCAGUUGCACCCCAGUUUGAAAGAAGAACUGAAAGAACUAAGAAAACAUCUUGUUGAAAGCACCAAUGAAAUGGCGCCCUUAAAAGUGUGGCAGUUACAAGGUAAGUAUCCAUAUUGGACCCCUCUCCUGCAAAUCUGAAAUGUGAACUUCAACUUCCUAGGAGCUCUUAUGCUGCACUUAAGUCCUUAUAUACACACACUAAAAUAAAUUUAUUAUGACUUUGUUACAAAGUGCUCUUGUGUCAGCAGAAGCAUCCAUAAAUGCAACUGUUCCUGGAACAGAUACACGCACGAAGGCGCUUUCCAUCAGCAUCACCCCAAGGCAUUUUCCCUUUGUGCGAAGCAUCAAAUUGAAUGCAGUUGCAUUUUUUACACGUCAACAUAUUUCAAAGCACAGGUUCCUUCUUCAGCAACCAUCUUAAACUUUUGAAUUACAUAGAAUAGCUGAAGUAGUUUCCUCAUGGUGCCAGAUGGGUACAAUAUUUCUGCAAACUGCUUCAGCUCUUCUGCAUACUUUGAAGAAGAAAACUUUGCUCCUAACAGCAUUCACCUGGCAUUCAUCUUCUAUGUCUUCAAUCCAAAACCCCAUUGUGCCUGGCUGGGAUGGACUUUGAUGAAGUCAGCAUCAACUCCCAGCUCCUCAUUCCACCUCGUAUCUCAUGAAAAGCCCCUAUAUGGGGUGUUCUAGGGAAGUGACUGUCACUGCUGGAUCCCAAGCAGACCCCACUGCUGCCUUGUGAUGUCUUCGAGCCGAAUCAUUGCACCAGCUCCAGGCUGCCACAGUGAUUUGCCUGCCUCUUCUGCUGUGGCCAGCAGGAGCAAGACGGCUGCCAAUGUGGUGACAACACAACCCUGCCACUGCCUGCCAGGGCUUUGGAUUGCUCUGUUAUUUGGCAUUAAGUUAACAAGUUCCUCUUUUUGCAUUCUUCUUAUUUCGGCGCCUCCAAUUUUUUUUUGCCAGUUGCAUUCUUCGCAGCUGCAUUAUAGUUACAGCUCAUAGUUGCAUUAUAGAUAACUCAAGGUGACGAAAGACUGCAGUCCUGAACACACUUGGGAGUAAGCUCCAUUGGAGGCAGUGGCAUUUUCUUCUGAGUAAACCUGCGCGGUAAAAUUCCUAAAUCCUGAUUCAUUUCCAAAUGGUGAAUGUUUCUUGGCAUUAUAUCCAGUUGUAUGAAUUGUGUACUCUGCUAAGAACAAAACAUUGGUGGAUGUGCUGGCUAGAUCCAGGGAUGCCCUUAUGCAUGAACUCCGCUUCAGCCAUGUGAGCAGUUUCAUCAAAGUGCGUGAGAGGAAUAAUUGGGUGUUUAAGAGCUUCAAGAGAUUAGGCUGAUCUUGGCACCUAGCAGAGUUAAGCUUCACAAUGUUCCAGGUUUGAAGGACUGCCUUAUGAUUGAACUAUUUUCAAUUUUAGAUCUGAGCUUCCAAACUGCUGCCCGUAUUCUGGCUGCUCCUACGGUGGAUGCUUUGAUGGUCAUGAAAGAUCUAAGUCAGAAUUUUCCCACAAAGGCUAGGUAACUGCUGCUGCUGCUAAGCAAAUGUAGAUUGUUGUGAUGUUUACUUUGGUGAAAGUGAUCAAAGAGCCCAGAGUAGAUUGGGGAUCCUGGUUGUUGAAACGGAAACAAACUACUUUGGCCCCCUUACUUGUGGGGAAAUGGUUGCCCCAGUGUGGUCCAUCCAGCUUCCACCAGCUAACUGAUAGUUUGGCAACGAGCAAUUGUGGAAUUAGAUCAUUUUAAAAGGGAAGACUUGCUUUUCAACAUCUCUGCUAUAAUUUUGCUGUUAAUACCUUGAAAACCUUGGUAUGAAUUGGUGGUGAAAUAUCCCUUGCAUAUUUGAAAAUAUUAAAUAUGGCCACCUUGGAAGUUCAGUGAAAAUGCAGGGUGUUUCUCUGAUAAAGUAGAGACAAUUUGGCAGCAGAAAGGAUUCACAUAUACAGAAAGGCGCUGGAGGUGGAGAAAAUGCCUGCCUUCAGCCAGGAAUAAGAAAACCAUUCAUAAUCGGUUUGCGAGGAACGGGGGCAGGAAAGACAUAACCGGGCAGCUAUACAGCCGACAACAACCUGCACUGAUCAUAUCUUCAGUGAGGGGGGCAGGGUAUACCUGAAAAGUCAGUAUUUCUGCAUCAUCAGUACUACAGCAUUUGUAAUCUUAAGUGCUUUUUAGUGUUUUCUAUUAAAUAAGAGAUGUUAAGUUCAUAGUUGGCUCAGAUUACCAAUCUCUUUUAAGGGAUAAUAACUUCCUCCUGGUAUGUGUCCUUUUGGAUUUAAAAGCUGAAAGCACUUACCAGUAAUUCUUGUGCAACCAUUUUUGGCACAAAUUUUGAAGAUGUCAAACUGUAGAGUUUAAUAUGUGGAGUCCCCCCCCCAUUGAUUGCACUAGAUAGCUUAAAUGAAAUAGAUUAAUUGUUGUCCUUGCAGUUGCAAUGUUUUCUAUACUGUAUGAAUUCCAAUAUCUGUUUACUGGUAACAAUUGUAUGCCCUAGUGGGACAUGUUGGAGUGGAACAGAUAUAAAAACAAAAAGAGGUAGGACAGGCAAUGAAUGAUAACAUGUGACUUUUUUGGUUUCUGUAGGGCAAUAACAAAGACAGUUGUUUCUUCAGAACUCAGAUCAGAAAUUGAAGAGAACCAAAAGGUAAUUGUAUGGAGCCUUAUUGUAUUGGAGCCUCUUGGCAAAAUAGGGAUUUGAACCUAGGUCUCCUGGGCUGACACUAGCCAUUAAGCCACACUGCCUCUCUGUAUUUAAAAAGUACAUUUUAUCGAGCUCUAAAUACUUUGAAGUGCUGUUCUUCUUCCAGAAUGUCCAGAAUGUUUUGUUGGUUUCUGGUUGUACUGUAGUAGCUACAGCUUAGGGCAGAAUUUGGAGGAAAGGUUCUUUAUCAUAUCAUAGAACCAUAGAAUUGUAGAGUUGGAAGGGGCACCGAGGGCCAUCUAGUCUAACCCCCUGCAAUGCAGGAAUCUCAUCUAAAGCAUCUAGGACAGAUGGCCAUCCAACCUCUACUUAAAAACCUCCCGUGAAGAAGAGUUCACUACCUUCUGAGGGAGUUUGUUCCAGUGAACCCUAACACUGUUCUGUGCAAGGUUUAUAUUCUACAAGCUCAGAAACUAUGAGCCAAGUGGCUCCUAACUGGUUUUAUCUGGUUAUUUCCCAGGGAAUAGUCACAAGCUGUUACUCAAGGAAAACUUGGCCUUUUGGGUUUUGCCUUGCUUUUGAAUAAGUCCCAGUGCGUGUCAAACUUGAAACUUAGUGGCUUCUGUGAUGUGUUCUGGGGAUUAAACAAAUAGAAACUUUAACAGCUGGCACAGCAGGAGCAGUACAAUCCCCUCAGUUGACUUCUUUAUCUCUGUUUAAGACUGAAAUCACAGCGUAAUUGAAUCUGCUGCAUAAUAUCUGUUUAACUUUCUCUUUAAGGGAAUAAUGUAUCUAUCUGCAUAUCUAUUUACUGUAAGAAAUGUCAGGGUGAAUGUGCAAAAUAUCAGGAAUGCUGUCUUAACAAGCUCCCUGAAGAGUCCCAUUCUAGAAAAGAAUUACCUCAGAGGAACUGGGUUGUCACAACAAUUAGAAAAGAAACAGUGGGGCAGAAUGUUGUUCAGAUAUCAGAAUACAAAUACCACUUAACAGUUCAGCAUAACAGGUUUUAACAGUGCAAUCCCAGACAUGUUUACCUAAAAGUAAGCCCCACUAAAUAAGUGGGUAUAGGAUUGCAACCUAGAUUGCUCUAAAUCUACAAUGAGGACUGAACUUUGCAAUUUACAUGGCAUCAAAAAAUGCUUAUUAUUAUAUAUGAAUCUCAGUCUUGAGGGUAGGUUGGUUGAAGUGAGAGAAGUAACUUUGGUAAGAUUAUUUUUCUUUGCUUGAUUUAGCCCCCAGAGGUGACCUCAGACAGCUUUGUGCGCCCAUUUUGAUUUCAUCUGGGCUUGAAUGCAAAUGAUGGCCACUGAUAGUGGCCUUUAUAUUUUGCUUAUGGUGCGCUAACUUUAUCCCUUUUACAUCAGUCUCUAUUAUACUUUCAGCUAGUAAGCUGCCACCCCCAUAUCAUUUAUCAGCCAUAUAUCAUAAGUACCUCAAUAUUCCUUAAAAUGGCUAACAUGAUUCUAGAGUAUGAUAAAACCACUUUGUUAAAUUUAUUUAUCGGUCAAGUGUGUAGGCAGAUUGCUUGAGGACAAGUAAGUAGUUGAUACAUUUUACUUCCCCAUGUCUACAUAGAACCUUGGAUGCUAUAAAGAAGAGCAGUAAUUGAAAUGGGAGCACAGCUUGUAAUUGCUCCACAUCAUCAAAGAACGGGCAGUCAGCCCGCCUUAUUUAGCAUGCAAUCCAAACCCCUGGUGGUUGACAGCAGGGCUUAAUGGGUACUACAAUAACAUCUGGAGUCUCUCUGCUUGUGCCAGGCAGGUUGCAAGUUGUGAUGGGUAGGAAAACAUUUUAGUUCAGUGGCACCAGCUCCAGGUUGGUGCAACAGAGAGGCCUGGAUUAACUUGGAGGUACUUAGAAGCCAAUGAAUACAGGCAGCAACCAUUUUGCAUGCAUCCACCAAUGUGUGGGUUCUUUUGGAUUUGGAACAAGGCAGAAUGGGGGUGGGUUGGGUUUAUGUGCACUCCGCUGAGGUGCACAGGGGCCAGGAAUGGAACCCUGUGCAAAAUGGUCGUCACCUGUACUUGGCUGCUCCAGUUCAUUUGAAAGUUCAUUGGUAGGUGAGCCCUGCUAAUAGCAGAGCAUGAAUACAAGUAAAGGGAAACCUCCUCAUCCAGACUCCUUCCUGUGUGGUGGAUCAGGGGUUUGGAUCGCUCUAUUAAUACAGUCAUACCUCGGGUUACAGACGCUUCGGGUUGUGUGAUUUUGGGUUGCGCACUGCGGCAAACCCAGAAGUACCAGAACGGGUUACUUCCAGGUUUCGGCGCUUGCCCAUGUGCAGAAGCGCUGGAUUGCGACCCGCACGUGCGCAGACGCACUUUUGCGUCCACUGUACCUCAUCAUUCUAUUUUUAUCAUAAGAUAAUUCACACUCUGUGCUGCAUUAGAUUAAUACUGAUAGCUGAUUUGCUAUCAAGGCAGGACCACUGAAUUUCCAUUUCUGGGAUCAGUUAACAUUUUAAAUGCACAUCUUUGAAAAGAUUUGAUCUAAAGUUAUGUGUUAUUCAAGUCUUGUAUUUAAAAAUGUCUAUUAAUGUCUUUGUUGCACUUUUUCCUCAGUACUUCAAAGGAACCUUAGGUUUACAGUCUGGGGAUUCUGCCCUGUUCAUCAAUGGGCUGCACAUAGAUCUAGACACACAGGACAUAUUUAGGUAUGAACUCUUCAAAUUCUUCUUAACUUAGGUUAUGGUAUAGCAAUAUAAAAUACUACAGUAUUAUCAGUUGGUGGCGUUCUAAAGUUUUAUCUGAUCUGUGCUCUUUCUAGUUUGUUUGAUGUCCUGAGGAACGAAGCUCGUGUUAUGGAAGGGCUGCAUAGUUUGGGAAUUGUUGGCCUUUCCAUGCACAAUGUGUUAAAGCUGAACAUCCAGCCAUCGGACUCUGACUAUGCUGUAGAUAUCAGAAGUGCUGCUAUUUCAGUGAGUAUGUGGGGUGAGAUUUCCAUCGAUUGGUAAAAAAAAUCAUUCACAGUAUGUUAUAUAUCCGGGUACACUUGUGCACAUUCUUCACUGAAGUGUAAAUUCUUUGAGGCAAGUCUUGAACCUUAAUUUUAGUUCAACAUAUGAAUCCAUACAGUUCAGUUACUUCCACAGCAAUUGAAUUGCUAAAUAGUGGCCCUAAAUUGAAAUAAGUUCUAAUAGUCCAAGCAAAAAGUAUUUUUAAUUUAUCUUGUUUGACUUUCUUUUCUUUUUAGUGGAUCAAUAAUCUUGAAGUUGACAGCAGAUACAAUUAUUGGCCUUCCAGUGUCCAGGAGCUGCUGCGCCCUACUUUCCCUGGUGUAAUCAGACAAAUAAGGAAAAACUUCCAUAAUUUUGUAAGUGGUAUCUUAUUUUGGUCUAUGAACUUCACUCUAAGAUUUCAAGAGUUGGGCAACUUAAGAUUUUAUUUGUAUGCAAUGUUUUAAUUAAUUUCUAUUAUAAGUUUUCCACCAAAAUUAAGAUAAUUCUAUAUAUUUAGCUUAGUUUAUCUGUUCCAGUAUAAAAAACCCCAUACAAAUACGAAUCCAUAGAGAGAUCUAAAACAUAUUUAAAAUUAAAAUUGUGAAACAUGGUUCUAGUCCUUCUGAAGUGAUGUAAUGGCAUCUGAAUCCAUACUUUGCUAUGACUUUCAGGUACUCAUCGUAGACCCGUCCCAUGAGAGCUCGGCAGAGUUGCUUAGCGUGGCUGAAAUGUUCCUUAGUAACCACAUACCAUUGAGGUAAUGCUGCAGUUUCUAUGUGUGUGGAACUUACAGUUUUAUUUUUGAAGCUGAGUAAUGUUCACAGGUGGCGCUGUGGGUUAAACCACAGAGCCUAGGACUUGCUGAUCAGAAGGUCAGCGGUUUGAAUCCCCACAACAGGGUGAGCUCCCGUUGCUCAGUCCCUACUCCUGCCAACCUAGCAGUUCAAAAGCACGUCAAAGUGCAAGUAGAUAAAUAGGUACCGCUCCGGUGGGAAGGUAAACGGUGUUUCCAUGCGCUGCUCUGGUUCGCCAGAAGCGGCUUAGUCAUGCUGGCCACAUGAUCCACAAGCUGUACGCCGGCUCCCUCGGCCAGUAAAGCGAGAUGAGUACCGCAACCCCAGAGUCAGACACGACUGGACCUAAUGGCCAGGGGUCCCUUUACCUUUAAUGUUCACAGCUGAUCACCUUUCCGAACCUAUGAAAAGUAUGAUAGGAGUUUUUAUGGCAUGAUAGGAGUUUUUCUUGAGCAACCAUGCACCUCCACUACCUCUUAUUCCUAACUGUAUGAGAGAGGAGCCUUUUGGGUCUGAUCACAUAUGGGAGGUAUCUGGAGGUCCUGGUUAGUACCAAGGCACUGUGGGAAAUCUGAUAUGGGGCACAUGCUUAUGCCUAUGAUGUGCGUUUUGCACACAUGUGAAAUACCACAGACAUGGAGGAAUGAUGCAGAUGUAACAUUAUAUGACUGUGUACCACAAUGCCUCCUCCUCCUCAUGGAUGACUUCUUCACACCAGCCAGAUUCAUGGCUCAGUCCAUGUCUGCACCAGUGUCAGCCAUGGUUAAUGCUAACCAGGUCUGGCUCCUAUCUCAGGAUUUGAAACCAGAGCUUGAUGUUAGUUCCAUUGUCUGGUUAGGAUUGAACCCUGGUUAGCAUUAACCUUGGUUAAUUUGUGCAUCAAGAGAGGAAGGGGUUGCAGGGGAAAGGGCACAAUCCGACAGCUCAUUCCUACAUCCCUUCAACCACUGAUAAAGGAUCGGUUGUAUUUAGUGGUGGUUAGUGUCACUUGUGUUCACAAACCUAAACAUUUCCACUGCAGAUGCUGUGCUUUUGAAUAUCUGAUUUGGAUUUUAGUCUGUUUUCUUUUGUUAAUAGGAUUGGACUGGUUUUUGUGGUUAAUGACUCUGAAGAUGUUGAUGGUUUACAAGAUGCUGGGGUCGCCCUCCUUCGAGCCUACAAUUACGUUGCGCAAGAAGUUGAUAAUAAUUUUGCCUUCCAGACGGUUAUAUCUGUGAGUGUUUUGGAGAGAAUUAAUGCAGCUGUAUUUGUUUAUGUCAGCCUUGAGGCUGUUGCAGCAAGAAGAGACACUUCUUGAUGCAGCAGUUUGCCUUUUCAGAAUAUUUGGGUUAAUGAUUAUGAAAGUGGUAAUGUACUUGCUGUUAGUGAUAUGAGGGCAGGUUCUGUUGUGAGUUCUUGACCGUCUCUUUCGUGGAAGGAUAACUUUUCUUGCCAAAGCCACUUUUCUCCCACUGCACUGUUCUCCAAGUUAAGCUGUAAAAUUGAAGUGACACGUGCUCCCUAUCGUGCAUUCCUGAUGUAAAUGUAAUAGAAAGGCUAGGCGAGGAACGAUCUGGUACACUGUUGUGCAUUUUCACAUCUUUUCAUUAUCCUGUAACUAUAGUGAUGGCAGCAUGGGAUUGGAGGGUAGGGGGGCAGAAUAUAAAUCAUCCUUGGACCACAAUGAGGCUUUUAAUGCUGCCCUUCCCUUGCUCCUGUCUCCACCCUGGUCCCUCUACCUUAUCGCUGAUGUACCUGUGGAAUUGAGAGCUUGUUAUCACAGUCAUACUUGUCCCUUGGCCAAGGCUUGUAUGUGUUUGGGGGGGGGAGUGGGUAAGAGUGGAUUCCUCCAUCCUUCCUGCCCUACAUUGUGUGCCGUGUGCUGUCUUCCCUUUCCUGUUGUCCCUGCAGUUUGAUUUUAGCCUUCAACUCGCUCUUAACAAAGUUGGUUCGUAAUGGUGAUCGGCCUUUUUUAGAGGCUCAUCCAUGCCACCAUCAGUAAUUUACUUCCCCUCAUGACAUUCUGCUGGGCACUUAAACAUCCUGGGAAAAUAAAUAUAUUGGGAGAACUCAUGAGAAACUUUUCACUGUAAGAACCUGUAAAAUAGAUAACCAAAGCAGUUUGUAAUGCAUGCAUACAGCCAUCUAUCCGUCUGUACUGUAUGAUAUGUAUAAUUACAGUGGUGCCUCGCAAGACGAAAUUAAUCCGUUCCGCGAGUCUCUUCGUCUUGCGGUUUUUUCGUCUUGCGAAGCACGGCUAUUAGCGGCUAUUAGCGGCUUAGUGGCUAUUAGUGGCUUAGCGGCUAUUCCCAGCUGAGCGGCUUUAAGACAAGGAAACAAACUCGCAAGAACUCGCAAGACGUUUCGUCUUGCGAAGCAAGCCCAUAGGGAAAUUCGUCUUGCGGAACGACUCAAAAAACGCAAAACCCUUUCGUCUAGCGAGUUUUUCGUCUUGCGGGGCACCACUGUAUUUUCCUGCAGACAUCAGCUUUGCAGGUCUAGCCUACACCAAGUGUUGGGAUGUAGCGAUAUUAUGUUGCUCUAUAAGACACUGCACGUGAGCAAAAAAUAAGGCUGCUAGUUUUGUCACUUUUGCUUACCUUACUGCUUCUUAGGCCUGGGGAUGAUGGGACAAAAGACUAAGCUAAACGCUUCAUGGAUAAUGUGGGUUUUGCACUGCUGAGGUCUUCCUGGAGCGAGUUUGAUACAUAAGGGCAGGCAAAGCGAAAUUGAGAGAACAGCUGGUUUAUUGAUGAUCCUCUGAAGUGUAAGGAGAAGAGGUAAUGUUUUUAACUGUGCAUGUGUCAAUGUUUUCUUGACAGAUAUACAACAAAGUAAAUACAGGAGAAAAACUCAAAGUGGAGCAUGUGGUUAGUGUUCUUGAGAAGCAGUAUCCUUAUGUAGAAGUGAACAGCAUCUUAGGAGUUGAUUCUGCUUAUGAUCACAAUAGGAAGGUAAGGCAUUUACAUGUGCAGCUUAUCCGUUUUCAAACCCCAUAACUCUUUUUGUAGAAUAAAAUUUCUGCCAAACUAUUCAUUGGAGUGGUCAGAGGUGCCAACAGGAUUUUCUGGGCCAGUUACAGCAGUAUUUACCCCCCAUAACCUGCUUUCGCAUAGGUUAUUUUGGAAACAUGGACUGUGUUGCAAUAGAUAAAGUCAGUAGAGGCAGAAAGAAAAAAAAUCUUAUUUGUAUCUUUUGUACAUUUCAGGAAGGACGUGGCUACUAUGAACAGACAGGUGUGGGGCCCUUACCUAUUGUGCUUUUCAACGGAAUGCCCUUUCAAAAGGAACAACUAGAUCCCGAUGAACUAGAAACUGUGACAAUGCAUAAAAUACUAGAAACCACCAGCUUUUUCCAGAGGGCUGUGUAUUUGGUAAGCCAUGUUGCUUGUAGUCUGGGAUUUCAAAGACCUCUUCGGUGCUUAAAGAUGAUGGCUAAGAGUCAAAGAACUGUGCAGCUAGUUCUGUGCUUCUAAGCAGGCUGUAGGUUUACCUUUCCCAAAUGGCAGCCCCCCAUUGCCACAGAGGAAACUUCUAUGUCACAGAUCUGCUGUUCCAAGAAAUGUAAAAAUCCAAAGGGUUGCACAUAAGAAGCAUUUUAACAUCUUGCAAAAUAUUGAAAUUCUAAUAUGUCUUUAAAUGACCUCUUUGAAGGGGAGGUUCUGAGAGAACAAGGAAUAAAACUAAAAUUUUAAAAAAUUAUUUGACUUCUCAAUAUUAUUCUUAUUUUCAGACCAGUUCCAAAACAUGCUUUUUGUUUGUUUGAGGUUUUAGAUUUGAUUUUUUUCUUUCUUUUUCAGGGUGAAUUAUCAAAUGAUCAAGAUGUGGUUGAAUAUAUCAUGAACCAGCCUAAUGUUGUGCCAAGAAUCAACUCACGGAUCUUGAUGUCUGACAGAGAGUACCUAGAUUUAACCGCAACUAGUAAGGCACACUGCUGUUGAAUCCAUACAAAAUUUUAAUAACAACAACAAUAACUUGUUAAGAUCUGAUUUGGACACUAGUUUGUACUCCCCCCCCCCAUUUCUGGCAUGGCCACAAGCUGUUCAGAAAUACCCACUUCCAUGUUAAACUAAGUGUGCAGUUUGUUGUUUUGUCCAAACUUGGACAAACUGCAGUUAGUUUAGACUGUGGUUGGUCAAGACAAAUAAAAAAAUACAAUUAUUCUAAUCUUAAAACAGAAGCAAAUAAAUGUUUCCAGUCUCCUCCUCAUGGAUGUGGCAGAGUAGGAGGGGAGAUGAAGGAAUUCACUAGCUAAAGCCUCCUGCAGACAACACCGUAUUCAAGCAUUGUAUUUAAAUAAUAAUAAACAAACAAACAAACAAACAAACAAUUUAUUUAUUUAUUUAUUUAUACCCCACACAUUUGGCUGGGUUUCCCUAGCCACUCUGGGCAGCUUCCAACAAAGAUUAAAAACACACUAAAACAUCAGUCAUUUAAAAACCUCCCUGAACUGGGCUGCCUUCAGAUGUCUUCUAAAUGUCAGAUAGUUGUUUAUCUCUUUGACAUCUGAUGGGAGGGCGUUCCACAGGGCAGGUGCCGCUACUAAGAAGGCCCUCUGCCUGGUUCCCUGUAACUUGGCUUCUCGCAGUGAGGGAACUGCCAGAAGGCCCUUGGUGCUGGAUCUCAGUGUCCAGGCAGAAUGAUGGGGGUGGAGAUGCUCCUUCAGGUAUACUGGUAAAUGUUGUUUAAGAGUUUGAAAGUUUUCAGGCAUUUUGUAUUGGAGAAAUACAAGGGCUCCGUACUUUUAUUGGGUGGUUUUCUGCCCUUUCUCACUCCUAGCCCCUGUUCCUUGACCUUGCAGCUGUUCUUGCCUAUGCUUUAUCAUUCUUAGCCUUUGCUCAUCUCUGUCCUUGUCCAAAUUCUACGAUGAAUUAUUUAGGAAGAUGCCCUGUAGGAACAUUUUAUUGGGAAUUUGCUACCAAAGAGGGUAAUUUUCUUUUUAAAAUAAAAUUAAUAGAAUUUGAUUUAAAGUGGUGAUUGUUGAUGAGUUAAUAUUUUUCUUGCAGAUAAUUUCUUUGUGGAUGAUUAUGCUAGAUUUACAUUCAUGGAUUCCAAGCACAAGACAGCUGCUAUAGCCAACAGCAUGACGUACAUGACCAAGAAAGGUACAAUUAUGGGAGUCCUGUCUCUUUCCCUUUUGUAGUCUGCACAUGAAUGUUUAUUCUGCUACUUCUUUAGCCAGGGUUCCUUUUGCAUUGUGAAUCAUAGCAAGGCAUUUUAAAAAUGUUUCUAAUGAUGCCAUGUUACUGCUCCUUCUUUGUGCCAGUUGUAAUCUCACUUUGCCCUCCAGUUUGAUCCUUAAAUGUAUACCCAGUUUUAUCUGAUCAAGUUCUUUGGUUGUUCAUAAAGGCUCCAUAGAUUUAGCAUGUCAUUAUGGCUUUGCCAUAAUCUGAAGAACCAGGUACUGUAGAAGAAAACAGUACAGAUUGGUUCAUAAUGUUAAAAAGUAUUUGCAUGGCAUUUCUUUGGCCUGUCUAGCUUCCAGGCAGCAUCAUCUUUUCUGUUGUCUUAAUUGAUUUCCUCUGCUAGGCUUGGUCUGUACUUGAAGCAGGGCAAGAGGUUCUUGCUCAGCCUGCUCCCUGAUAUGCUAGUUUAUUACUCACAGAGCGUAUUUUCUACCACCUUGCAGAGCAGCCUUCUGUGCUGGCUGGGGCUAAUGGAAAUUAUCAUUUAAAACAGGCAUGGCCAAACUUGGUCCUCUAGAUGUUUUGGGACUACAACUCCCAUCAUCCCUAGCUAACAGGACCAGUAGUCAGGGAUGAUGGGAACUGUAGUCCCAAAACAUCUGGAGGGCCAAGUUUGGCCAUGCCUGAUCUAAAACAUCUGGAGCGCACCAGGUUGCAAAGACUUUCAGAGUCUCCUUUUCUCUUGCAUUUGCUGUGUAGACCCAACAGUAGUCAAAUGCUAGUCUUGUUUAUUGGGAAAUGUUAGCUUGGAACUUCACCAUUUAAUUUCACUUAGUUUAUUAAUGUAUAUGGAUAUAUGAGCAAUAUGUUUCCUUAUAGAAAAUGGAAGUGUUAAUUGCUUUUGAAAAUAGCCCAAUAGCAGCCAAUGGUAGUUGGUAAUUGCUGGGCUUAGAAUAGUAUUGCAGCUGUUGCUAAGACAUUUUAAAACACACCCACCCACCCUAAAAUCACUAAUUCUUCACUUCGUUACCACAUUUCUUAUUUAUUGCUUAACAAUAAAAGACUACAAGUUGACUGAAUAUAUGCCAAAGGAGCAAAUAAGCUUAGGAGAAAAAUGGGAUGAAAUAUAGUGCUAUUGCAAUUCUGCAUAUAUGUGUAAGUUAUUACUUUGGGCUUUUAUAGCCAUUAUGGGCUUUUUUUGGUUUGGAUUUUCAUAUAAAAUUGUCAAAUCAAGGCUUUAUUCUGAUUUAUUAUGCCUUUGCAAACCAUGCACAGCUUAGGUAAUGAGUCUGGGAGAGAGGGGGGAGUCACAUGCUCCCAUCCUUAGCCCCUCUCUUCUGUCUCUCUGCUAAGGCCUAUGUUGGCACCAACUUUAGCUACAGAUAAUGUGAACCAGAGAUUGCUAUUGACUGCGAUUGAAGCCAAUCUCAACAACCUGGUUAAUAUAAAUCCUGAAAAAAUUUCUCCUUGUUGUCCAUAACUCUGGUGAAGUUGCAAGUAAGAGAUGAAGAAUUAGAGGAAGCUUAAAUAUGUCAAAUUCUGUGUUGGAUUGUGUCUGUGGGCUUCAGCAAUUCUUCUGAAGAAACAGACUUCCCUGCUUCAUUCUAGUGAUGUACCACAAAUAUAGAACAUGCUCCCUGUUUGAUUUUGAACAGCACAUGAAAACAUUCUUGAUCCUCUCUGGCUUUUGAUGUAGGAGUAUCUAAUGUGUUUGUUUUGUAGUGUGUGUGUGUGGUUUUAUUUAGUUCUCUUCUAUAAGUCACUUUGAAUAUAACAGCUAAGGAAGGGCACUUGAGACAUUCUACAAAAGCUUAGUUUGGGGAUUUUGUUUUGGUAGAUUUAUCAGUGAUUGACCAAGUCUUCUUGCCUGUCUAGGCUUUUAACACCAACAACUUAAAAAAGGGGUAAACUAAACAUUUUAUCCAUCAUUAAGGAACCCGCUCAUUAAGACUCUUUACUAGAGGUGCCCUUGGCCUCAUCUUACAGUGGUUUUUUGAAUUGUUUCGGAUAUUGAGCUGCAACUAUCUAGGUGAAAACCUUGGAAUAGUCUGACCAGCAAGCUGCAAUCUAGAACCUUGUCCUACUUGGCAGGUUCUAAUCUCCUCCUGUGGUGAAAAUGUGGUUUUGGGUGCCCUUACACAGCCACAGUUAGGCAACAGCUAAAGCCUCCCUGGAACCUUUAGAGUCUAAAGUUUAGAUCCUGGCAAUUAUGGGCAAGUUUAAUGUGUAUUGUCUAGGUAUGGUGAUAAGAGCAGAUAGUAGCUGGGCAGCUAGCUCUAGGUUCGAUUAAAUGAGACAACCUGACUUCAGGCCUUGGUUUGUUACAGAAAAUGUUCUUGUCACACUAGUGGAUCAUCUUUGUUGCAAGGUAGCAUGGGGCACUGUGCGCCUGUUCAUUUUCCAGUACCCCUCAAUGACUUAAUAUCAACCAUGCUAUCCUCCUGGUGGGAUUGGAAAUGCAGGACACACUACUUUUACAGUCCCACUUAGCCUGUUGGGUAGUUCUCAGAAGGCAGUGCUGGGGAGCGCUUAUGGGAGUUACCCUUUGGGAUGGGAUAGGGUUCUAUUCUGUCACCCAUGCUUUUUGAUAACUACAUAAAAUCAGUGUGAGAAAUGUGGUAGAGAUUUUGACUUCAGUAUCUUCAGUAUACAGUAUGCAUCUUGCACAGGGGUUAUAGAGCGUAUACGCAAAAACGUGUAUAGUCAAACCAUCCCCUUGGAACUGCCCCUGCGCAAGCAAUCUUACCUUCUAGAGCAGGGGUAGGCAACCUAAGGCCUGGGGGCCAGUUGUGGCCCAGCUGCCUUCUCAAUAAGCCCUGUUAUUGAUAAUUAACACCUGCCAUCAUGAUUCACUCCUUGUGACUAGAGCUGUCUUUGGAAACUGGGGGUAUUUGGAAAAUCAUGUGUCAUAUAGGAUCUUGUCAGGUGUAUCAACUAGGCUUCAGUGUGAAGAGGACAAGGCAUGACAGAUCCAUUUCAUUUGGAAGGGGUGCAUGACUUCUGAAAAUUAGAGAAAUACUAGAGAUGUUGUGGUUUCCUAUUGCUGGAAAUGAAUUAAUUCAUAGUUGCCUCUGACAUUAGUCACUGUUUACAAGGGUCAUGCAUACCCUGCUGUGGCUGUUGGGUACUUGCAAGGUCUAUUCUGUAAACUAAUUAUAUCUUUUCCCACUCUUUCCUGUUUUACUUCUGUCAGGCAUGUCCUCCAAGGAAAUUUAUGGUAAUGAGCUUGAGUGCAUUUCUUUCCUUUUUUGCAUUACUAAUUUAAAUACAUUAAAUCAUGCUCAGAGCCCUUAGUUAUUGACCUUAGAAUCUGUAGGGAAUGAAAAAUAGAUGCAUGUUUUAAAAUAUUUCCAGAAAUAUAAUUUGAGUCCACAUUAAAAAGUUUUGUUUAUUUGCUAACAGGAAAACUUAAGUUGCUUAAAUAUUCUUUGAUAAAAAGAAUAAAAAUCUUAAAUGAAUAGCUAAAUAAACCCCAGAUAAUAAACAGAAUUAUGCAUGUGCCUUAUUUUGUGUACCUUAAAAGAUAAUUUUAACAGAGAUAUAUACACAUGCUGUUACCCUUGAUAAAUACUAAUACCAUUGGGAUCUUUUUGUAUCUUGCCUGAAUGACUUUUCGAAACGCUGCAUGUGCCCAGGUUGAAAUGGAAAUGCACAUUAUGAUAUUAUCAACUUCAAUUUUCUUUCUUGAAUGUGUUGUUGUUCCUUUUACAGAUGAUUCUUUUGUUAGACCAGUGACUUUCUGGAUUGUGGGAGACUUUGACAAGCCAUCUGGAAGACAGCUUUUGUAUGAUGCUAUCAAACACCAGGUAUGUAGCGGCCUUUGUUGAAGAAGGGAAGGAAGGGAAGCAGUAUUGUCAGUAUACCUGGGGAACUGAGUUACACCACCUGAUUGUUUUUUGUGCCUUUGAGGGACAGGUAUGACUAAUUGCUAGGCUCUCUGUGUUUAAAUGAAGAGUAACCAAUUGUUCUUUCAUACCACCAUGCCUUGCUGCACCCUAAGAUCUGAGUACUGGAGAGGAGCAAGCCAUAAUCCUUGGCUUAGCAUUAUGUUUCAGCCAGGGUUUCAGCUUAGUUUUCUCAUAGCAAAGAAAAAUAGAGAAGCUGAGAACAAACUUUUGUUUAUCGUGGUUUGUUUGCACAAACCCUCGUUCAACUAUAGUGCUAAGCCCAGGGAUGAUGGUUUGUUUCUACCCAGCACAAGCAGGAAGCAGGCGUAAUCAGCUUUCCUCUACAUUUAAACACUGGCCUUCGGUGCUUGUACAAACUGUGUUCUAAUGCACAUUUUGUUUUUAUGCAGAAAUCCAGCAACCAUGUCCGGAUUGGCGUGAUCAGCAACCCCAGUGAAGACCCAACCAGCAACAACACAAUCAUUGCUAGGGCUAUAUGGGCAGCCUUACAGACGCAAACAUCUAACAAUGCCAAGAACUUCAUCACAAAAUUAGCCAAGGAAGAGAAUGCAAAGAUGCUGGAGGCUGGAGCUGAUAUUACGGAAUUUGCUGUUGGAGUAAGUACAAGCUGGCUUUUGCUGUGAGGUGGCACACUAGUAAAAUGGAGUACCCAUUUCUUUUUUUAAUUUACAGCUUUCCUGUCUUGUCUCUGAACUUACUUUUACUCAGGGUCUCUUUUCUUUCAGGGUAUGGAUAUUGAUAUUUUCAAGGAAGCCUUUGACUCUCCUAAAGUGGAUUUUGUUCUUUCACAUACCAUGUACUCCAGGGAUGUUCUUAAACUGAAAAAAGGGCAGAGGGCAGUGAUCAGCAAUGGCAGGGUAAGCUGGAUUCCCCCCCCCCCCGCAAAGAGAGCUGUUUCACUUCCAGGAAACUGUUUCAACAUGCUUAGCCCGCCUAAUUCUCCACACUUGAGGGAGUUGAGAAUUUUAACUUUGCAUAUUAGUCAAUAAAAAUAAUGGGAUCCAGUCUUUUGAUUUGAGAUGUGUUUGAAAAUUAGUUGGAGCUGAAAAUUACCAGUACAUGAUAGGUCUUUGUUUAGGGUGGCAUUAAUAGCUGGGUUCACUUUACUUUCAUUGAGCUACUUCCCAUAUAAUUUUUAAAGUCCUGUAAUGGAAGGCCCAAAAAAGGUUGAAUGUUGUAUUACAUAGAAGUGUAUGAUUUCAUACUUUGGGAAAUGAACAGAGUUUUCCAUAUAUUUGAGUAAUGUAUCUUGGAGCCUGGAAUUUUAUUGUUUACACCUGUUUAUCCUAAUAAGCCCCACAUCCGUGUGUGUGUGUGUGUGUGUGUGUGAGAGAGAGAGAAAGCCACCUUGAAUAAUUAACAGCAGCAUUCAGCUUCUCAGAAUGAAACACUUUCCCACAGCAGUCCUCUGGGAAUGCAUAACUAAUGGAUCCAAAGAGCACUUUGGUGGCUGUUCUAAUGUACUGCAUUUGUCUUAGUGGUAAGAAUAAAAAAGGCAGCAGUGUCAAUUAUAAGCAGUCUAUUUUGCUUUCCCUGAAAUUCGGUUUUUCUUAACUGAUUGGCAGUGAAAUGGUUUUGAUCAUAAGAAAAUUUGCUUCCUUGCCAUAUUUAUAUAAUACUUUUCAGUUUAACAAAGCCCCCAGGGCUUCUGACAAUAUCUGUACUAAAAAAAAACUUUUGCAAAAAACAACAACCAACCAGAUGAUAAAUAAGAAUGCAUUAUCUGUAACUGCUGUUUUAAAACAGCUGCACUGGCUGCCAGUUAGUUUUUGGGCCCAAUUUGAGGUGCUCAUGUUAGUGUUUAAAACCUUAAAUGACUUAGGCCCCAAAUGUUUGAGAAACCACCUCAUUUCUUGUGGACUUUCUUGGAUGUUAAGAUCAGCAGAGGGGGCCCUCUUGGUACCUCUGCCUCCUCAGACGUUUGGCAGGGAGUAAGACAAAGAUGGCCUGGGAGAGGGCGUUCUCUGUGACAGCCCUAAGUUGUAGAAUUCCCUCCCCACAGAGGUGUGUCUUGUCAUCUCUGGCCUUCAACACUUGAGAUGUGUGUUUUCAGCAUCCAUUCUAUCCCUGUGACUAUAAUUUGUUUUAAGCCUUUUUAAUACUGAAUUUUAAAUUAUUGUAACCCAUCCCAGACCUGCUGGUGAAGAGUGUGUAAUAAAUUUAAUAAUAGUAGCAGUAGUAGCAGUAGUAGUAGUAGUAGUAGUAGUAGUAGUAGUAGAAAAGCACAAAUAUGCUUCUCGCAGGAGCGCAUUACAGAGCCUUUGAGGCAGCACCAAAAUGGCCCUGUCUUGUGUGACCACUUCACUUUCAUGAAGUGAAAGCCAAGACCUCAGAUGUUGACCUCAUUGGGAAGGUUCAUAUGGUAGGAAGCAAUUGACACAGUUGCUCGUGCAACGACGGACAAUGUGAACUUUCGAAGUAGUGAAUAUUUGACUGGUUAAAUUCUGAACAGUAAUAUGAGUUGGAUUACUGUGUGCAUCACAGGGGGUGAGUAAUUAUGGUCCCGCCACAGUUUUCUUCACUUUCCUUGACCGUCUUACUGCUCUAAUGCAACCUAAUUUUCCAUUUUACCUUUAGAUCAUUGGGCCAUUGGAAGAUGGUGAGCUUUUUAACCAGGAUGACUUUCACUUGCUGGAGAAUAUUAUUUUAAAGACUUCUGGGCAGAAAAUAAAAUCUCACGUUCAGGAGCUAGGAGUGGAGGAAGAUCUGUAAGUAAAAAAGAGGCAAUGACAGUUUGAAAAUUGGGGAUUCCAUUUGUUCAUUUGAUUUCUAUAAGUAGGAACAGAGUAGAUGAGGGAGAUUCUUUUUAUUUUUGUACUAGUACAAAAUACCAGUUUUUAGGUUCCAAGUAAGUUCUCAUAAUGGGUUGGAUUCUAUGAACCGAGGACAGACUUCCUCUUGCAGAACAGGGCCUUUCUGCCUUUCCCCUCCCAAGCCGUACUUGAAGACUGGGAAACCUUCAGGAGGGGUUUGCAGCGUUGGAGGGGGGGAGGUUUAUAUUCACAGAAGUAGGCUACUCUUGUGCAAGUACAAAGGCAGGGUCAUUCUAUUUGUGCAUGACACUGCUGGAUCCAAACUAGUUACUAUUUUAUCUUUUGCUAAAGCAUCUAGUGUGUCUUUGGCUUCCAUAUUAAAAAUAUCACUUGAUUAGGCCAUUUUAGCAUGGAAAGCAAAUAUUUGAGCAGACGGAAUUUGUCUCUGUAGUGCAAGUGAUCUUGUAAUGAAGGUGGAUGCUCUUCUGUCUGCUCAGCCAAAAGGAGAGGCAAGAAUUGAAUACCACUUCUUUGAGGACCGAUACAGGUAAAUAUAUGGAUAUAGAUAUUCUACUUUUAUGUAUAUGGGUUAUGUAAAUUCGCUUUCUCUAUAAUCUUCAAAAAGCUUCACAUUAACUUGGUUUUUUUUUUAUUUGCUAGAAUUAGAUAAUGCUAAUACAUCAUUUGGGAUGUAAGACUAAAUAGGAAAUUGAUUCCUUCUUCCUAUGCAUUGACAAUUCAAUCUCUGUUUAUAGAAGGCAUUGAUGAAUAUAUUAUGCACUUCUUGGUGGGAGUGGGGGUAGGCUUUGCUUAUUUUUUAUUUGAUUUGAUAUCCCGCCUUUCACUCCCUUUAAGGAGUCUCAAAGCGGCUAACAUUCUCCUUUCCCUUCCUCCCCCACAACAAACACUCUGUGAGGUGAGUGGGGCUGAGAGAUUUCAGAGACGUGUGACUGGCCCAAGGUCACCCAGCAGCUGCAUGUGGAGGAGCGGAGACGCGAACCCGGUUCCCCAGAUUACAAGACUACUGCUCUUAAUCACUACACCACACUGGCUCUAAUAUAUUUUAAUAUUAUAUUUAUAUCUUAUAUUUCUCUCAUGGGCUAAAACAUAACAUGCAUAUGUCAGUGUGUAUUUUUUUCUUUUUCUUUAGCGCAAUUAAAUUAAGACCAAAGGAAGGAGAGACGUAUUUUGACGUUGUGGCUGUUGUAGACCCUGCUACCAGAGAUGCACAAAGACUUGCUCCACUACUAAUGGUGUGAAUAUAUUAGUAGUUUGCAGUAUAACCAGUAGCUGAAGAAUGUUCCAUAAAAUACCAAACAUUACCUUUCCUAAUCUUGAUAUAUAAGGUUGUUUUCAUCACUCUUGAAAACACAUUGCCUUUUGUGUAAACUUUAAUAUCCGGAACUUAAGUUGUUUUACAUUGGAAAGUAAUUAUUAUCAGUAUGGAGAAGACUAAAACAUUUAAGGUGGUUAUUUAAAUAAAAUAUAACCUGUUUAAUGGGAACCUCAGCUCAUCAUGUAAGAAGAUUUUCUGUUUCUCCCCUCUAAUCUCUUCCUUUUAAAAAUCAAUCCUUCUAACCUUUCUCUUUCAUCCCAAAUUGUUUCUAAAUAACCUUAGUGUAGCUGCUGCACAGAAAGUUAUCUGAGCAUUUCAGCUUUAGCUAGCCAGUAGAAAGAGACAAGUUUGCAGAUAUAGGAUAGGUAGGGCAUUGCAAGAAAUGUACACAAUUAGCUGUGAAUUUAACUUUCUAUGUCCCUUGUUUUGUUUUAAGGUAUUGAACAAACUAAUAAACAUGAACCUCAGAGUUUUUAUGAAUUGCCAGUCCAAACUCUCUGACAUGCCUUUGAAAAGGUGAGGAAUGGCUAAAUUUAUAAAAUGUAAUUAAGUGGGAAGCAAAACUACACUGCUUAUUUAAAAAUACUGAAAGCUUGACUAUUGAUGCUACUGUUAGAAAACUGUAGAUUCAAAUUGUGUGGGCAGGGCUGUGUGAGCUGCAAGAGAGUUGAUGUGUGAUUUCCAUAUCAGAAGGAAUAUUGCCUCCACGUAAAUCUUGUUUUGUGGUCUUAGGCUUCAUUACAGUGAUAAAAGCCAUCCUAUGUUCUGUCAGCCUUGUAGUGGAUUUGCAGAAAUUGCGAAAAUUAAUCUGUUGUAAUUUAGGUUCAUGCAGUGGGGGUAGGGACUUUUCUCUUCAGGUUGCAGUUUUUUGUGCACAAUGGAAUGCCAAUCUGGAGGGUCCACUGACCUUCAGGAUGGCAUUUCAGGAGACACAUGAGGCUGCUGAAAGAGAGUGAAGUUUCUGACUCAUUUCGGUCUUCUAUUUUCUGUUGCUUUGGUGGUGUUGCUAACAUAGGAAUUCAAUUCUCUAUUUUAUGCCCCAGUCAUUGUUUUGUUUUUAAUAGAAGCACAGAAAGGUGCAGAAAGGAAUGAGUAAUAUGAGAGGAGCAUAGUUUUUUAAAAUGCUUGGCUUGAGUUUUGUUAGGAAAAGGAAAAGCUGAGGCACAUCUUCAAGCACCAGAACCUAGAAGGUUGUUUGCUUGUGGGGUUCCAACAGUAUGCUUUUUCAAAGCCGUGUGUCUUAAAUGCUAGGCAUGCAGAGGCUAUCAAGGUUACAGAUUUGAAAGGCAUAACAUAAAGACAAUUGACUGUGACACCUGCAGGGUUUGAGAUUAAAACAUUCUGAUACUUGUCAUUUUUAAAUUUUAGUUUUUAUCGCUACGUUUUGGAGCCAGAAAUAACUUUCAGUGCAGAGAAACUCUUCGUUCCUGGCCCAGUAGCCAAAUUCUUGGAUAUGCCCCAGUCCCCCUUGUUUACUUUGAAUCUAAACACGCCUGAGAGCUGGAUGGUGGAGUCUGUAAGGACACCAUAUGAUCUUGACAACAUUUAUUUAGCGGAGGUAAGUCCAGUCAAUGUGUGUGUCCCAAUCUGAAGAGGAGGGUUCAUUUCAGAAUUUAUAAUACUACUACUAGUAAUUAUAAUAAAUAAAAAUAUUUAUACCCCAUGCAUCUGGCUGGGUUGCAAACAAAACCAUUUAACCAACUUUAGCCUUAAUUUCAGGUUAAAACUGCUCUGAUUAACUGGUGCGGCUAAAUUUGGAGAGCAAACUGCACAAGCACACUCCUCCCUUUGCCAAAUGUUGUUUGUUUGUUUGUUUGUUUCAGGGCAAACCACUGUGCCUUGCCUGAUAGCAGCAAGAACCACAAGCAACUGAAGCCAGUUGUGCUCAGUUGAAAUCAGUGCAGAUCACUUUCUUGCAUGAGGUUUCCCCACCAUGCAUAUGGGAGUUCUUAUUAAUAAGCAAUUUUGCUGCUGUUGUAUUACUUUUAAGACAGGGGUGGGGGCCCUGGGGACCUCCAGGUGCUCUUGGACUUUAUCUGCCACCAGCCUCAGCUUUUACCUUGUUAUGUUUUUUGACUGCUUAAAAAGUGUGUUUUCCUUUUCCCAGGUGGAGAGUGUUGUGGCAGCUGAGUAUGAGUUAGAGCACCUCCUUUUGGAAGGGCACUGCUAUGAUAUCACGACAGGGCAGCCCCCGCGAGGGCUCCAGUUCACACUGGGAACAUCAACAAACCCCGUGGUUGUCGACACCAUUGUUAUGGCCAAUUUAGUAAGCAACUAUUUUCCUCACUGAAUUAAAGUGGAAAACCUGUUGAAACAGAUCUGAGUGCUCCAAUUGGCCACUCAAGUGACUUAUGCUUUUAAUAUGGGAAGAGGCAAGCCUAAAUUUUCUGGUGUUGGAAGUGCCUAAUUCCUGAGGUCUAACUUGAAUGCAGAGUUAACAGAGCAUCUUUUCUGAUUGUGCAUUGGCCAUCAUAUUCUUGAGAGCUUGUUUGCUGUGUAACCACUGCUAAUUAAGGGAAGCAUUUUAUUCUCUCUUGAUGUGAUGCUCAGUACUAAGCAAGUUAUCUAUCACUGGUAUUUGUCUUUUCUCUUUUCCCUUCACAGGGCUACUUCCAGCUGAAAGCCAAUCCUGGUUCCUGGUUUCUGAGACUUAGAAAAGGAAGGUCUGAUGAUAUCUACAGAAUUUACAGGUGAGGUGGUAAAAAGCAUUACUCUUGGGUUUGUAUGUUUUUGGUUAAAAUCCAUUUGGGCUAGUAUGGUCUUUCAGCAUGGCAUUGGUUGUGUUGAGCAGGGUUUUUUUCUCUCUUACUUGGCAAUACACAUGAGUUCACAUCUGGGUUCUCUUCACCUCCCUCAGCUAACAAAUUAGGAAUUGUGUGAAAUGUGUUUCAUGUUUUCAGUUUAUAUUUCUUUCUGAAAUACUUGAGAGGCGUUCUGUGAAGGAAAAGCAUUGUUUAAUAUAGGUCCAUGAUGAAAACUAGGAAAGAAUUAGCAGAACUAGUAACAAAGCAGCACUCCUCCUACAGUGAUUAUUGAGCUAAUUUAAUUUAAUUAUUCUGAUCAAUUUUAGCCACGAUGGUACAGAUUCUCCACCAGAUGCCAGCGAUGUUGUUGUUGUUAUCAACAACUUCAAGAGCAAAAUUAUUAAAGUGAAGGUGAGUUUGAAAAGGACACAAUAAAAGUAGUAAUUACAGCAACAUUUGUUUAAAUGCACACACACACUCACCGCAUAUUUAUAAAAAAUAUGACAGUGUUUGCCCUCCUAUAGAGGGCUUUCUGGACAAAACAGAGAAAUGCAAUCCUUUAAAGUUUCGGGUAAGUUAGGAGAUGGGACAACAUCUGAAUAAUCAUCCAAGCUGCAUAAUGCAAUACCUUUUACUAGAAUUUAUACUUCCCAGCUUAUGAGAAGAGUAAAAGGAAGCUUCAUUUGGCUCCUUAUGUGUCUAUUAGGUAGGAGCAUCUGCCCUACAAAUGCUCUCCCAGCUCACAGAAUUGGAUGCUGAUGUGGAGAAGGAGUCACUGGAAACAAACUUUUCACACAUCCCAUGAACAGGAGAGAGUAGGGAAAGAUGCAACCUUAAGGGUGGCUUAUAUGUAUAGAACUAUACACUGCAUAUCCUAGAACAUAUUUAAUAACCUUUUGUGUUUGAAUAUAGUUGCCAAACCUGCAUUUCUGAGUUUACUUGUAUACAUCAAGGAUGGGGAGACUGUGGCCCUCCAGGUGAUGGCUUCCAACUCCCUUCAGCCCGAGCUGAUCAGGGAUGAAAGCCUCUGCAGUCCUGGAGGUCACAGGUUCCCCACCCCUGACAUAUAUUAAAGAGGAAGUGCACCCACCUUUUCUUCUAGUAUUUCUCACCAUGUGAGGUAAUCUGGAAGUGAUAUUGUAGGAGAUGCAGUUUACUCGAAUUGAAUGUUUCACCUUUCCUUCAAGCCAAAGAGCUAGCUGGAAUUUCACUUUGAGAUUUCUUAGUCAAACAUAUCUCCCUGCCCCUCAAGGUGUCAUUGUGUACAAUUUGCUUGGUAGUUCCAAUUUUGGGGAAAACACAAAAUGUAUCUAGCCAGAUGGUGUUUCAAAAGAAGCUUUUAGUAAGAAGCUUAAGCUAAUUCACUGUUCUUUCUUCACAGGUUCAGAAGAAAUUGGAUAUGCUGAAUGAAGAUUUGCUAAGUGAUGGAACAAACGAAAACGAAUCUGGAUUUUGGGAAUCUCUUAAAUGGUGAGCAAGGGCUAUCUUGUACCUCACUGCCCUUCAGGUUUGCUAACCUGAAAGAUUCCUUGAUCCUUGUAGCUGCUACAAAAUACAUAUAAUCCUGAUGUGUAUUAUUAUAAUUAAAUACCAUAUCACUAAAUCUAGAGUACUUUUUAAUUUUUUUAUUAAGAAUGACUUGAUGCCAUCCUUUCAUAGGAGUAGGUAUUGAUUUGCCACUAAAUCAAGUGUGAAUAAAUUUGAGAAGAGUUGUAAUGCUGUCUGCAGAAUAGUUCGUUGUUUUUUAAGCAAGUCUGAUUAACGUUUGGUGGCAGGAGCUUCCAUUGGAAAGUUCUAUGAGAUCAACACAUUUGUUUUUGAAUGGAAUGUUUCACAUUCAAAAGAGGCUGGAUUUUCUGUCUUUAGGUUUCCAUCUUGAGGUUAUGAUAAUAUGAAGCACCCCAGGCAGACAGGCAAUGCCUGCUACAGUCCCAACAAGUGUUGGUUAGGUGGAGAAUAUAGAGUGGAAGUGUAAACCUGGCUGCCUUAUGUGACAUUGCAGUAUAAACGUUGCUCUUUCCCCCCCUCCUUCCUUUUUAAGGGGCUUCACGGGCGGACAGAAGAAAGAAGAGGUGAAGCAGGAAAAGGAUGAUGUGAUCAACAUAUUUUCUGUGGCAUCAGGGCAUCUAUAUGAGAGAUUUCUCCGGUUAGUCUAGAAUCAGUAGUGCAUAACUCAAAUUGAGACCCUUCGGGUCUCUUCCAACUCUAUGGUUCUGUGUACCUGGAAUAUAAGACCAUUUAUGUAAAAACCUUGUGGUCCCCCCCCCCAAUAUGAAUAUAGCCAUAAUGCAGCACCAAAAAAACCAACAACAUAACUUGCCUUAUGGUAUGUAUUAUUAAGAUACAAUUUUUCAGUUGGUCAAAGUAUGCUGAUAUAGCAAAGGUCAUAUAAUAUUGAUCUUCUCGUGGUGCCAUCAGUAAUUUCAUGAAUACAAAUUGCCUGAAGGAGUGAGAUGUGAGAGGAGGACACUGUAGGCUGCUAAUUUGGGUUAGCUCUAGAUUUAUUUAUUUAUUUUAAAUCAGCUUUGCCUGUCUAUUGCCUUAACAGGAUAAUGAUGCUAUCUGUGCUGAAACACACACAAACUCCAGUGAAGUUCUGGUUCCUGAAGAACUAUUUGUCACCUACGUUUAAGGUUUGUUGUAAGAACUUGCUUCAUAUUUUCUUUGUUGGAAGCCCGAAGCUUCACAGCCACUCUCCCUCUGCUAUGUCUGUUUCUGUGUAUCUUCAGCUACUUGCACAUGCACCUUUAUCAUUGAGAGAUUAGUAGUAGUAAUUUUAUUUAUUAAAUUUCUUAAGUUAUUUUCUCAAAAACAAGACCCCAGCCAACUUAGAAAACAUUUAAAAUAUACAAGAGACAAUAGAUGCUUGCCGUCGUGUUUAUAUCCUGCUCUUCCUCCCAAAGCAGCCCAGAGUGGCAUCAUCUAAUAAUAUGACUACUAAAUAUCUGGUUCCUUUAAGGUUUUUAUUGGGUUUUGUUUUUGUGUUUCUAUCAGCAUAAGUACUUUAAAUAUCAUUUUGUAUCAGAAACUGUUGGUACCACAAAGCAUUAUUUUGUUCCAGGAAUUCAUCCCAUAUAUGGCUGAAAAAUACAAUUUCCAGUAUGAACUAGUCCAGUACAAAUGGCCACGAUGGCUUCACCAGCAAACAGAGAAGCAGCGCAUCAUCUGGGGUUACAAAAUUCUUUUUCUGGAUGUGCUGUUCCCCCUUGCUGUUGAUAAAUUCCUGUUUGUAGAUGCUGACCAGGUAAGUGGUCUUCAAGCUUCAAAAAUUACCGGGUCAGUGCCAUACAUCUUUGCUGGCAUGUGCAAGAGGGUACUCUCAGAAAAGUGCAGUAAAAUGGAGAAAUUUGCAGCCAGGGAAUAAAUGCUCUGGGAGGCAAAACACAGCAAGUCUUGUGCCUUCAGCAGAUGUUAGGCCUAUCCCAUAUUUCUACUACACCUGCUUGUUGCUGAUUGCUCUUUCUCUCCACCCAGAGCCCAUGUUAGGAUGGUGGAAGGAGGGCUGUACAGUUCCCAGGAGGAGGGAAGGAAGAGUUCCUUGUCAUCUUGGGUCAUGUUCAGUACAGAGGAACAGAGGGCAGAUCCUGAUUUGGUAAAGCGGGUCUGGCGUUGUUCCCAUCUAUGGCAAUGGCCUUGGUAGUGGAGAUGAGAGCGAAGUUGAGAAGCCAGGACUGUCAUGUGUGUGUCACCUGUCAGUCUUGACGGGCCUUUAGUUAAUAACUCUCAUAACUUUUGGAGGUUGUAGUCCCACAUUCUCAGCAGAACUGAAAUUGAAAGUGGGGUAUGAACGACUUUUCUUUAGAUUGUGCGUACAGACCUUAAGGAGCUAAGAGACUUCAACUUGGACGGGGCCCCUUACGGUUACACACCAUUCUGUGAAAGUCGCAGAGAAAUGGACGGAUACAGAUUCUGGAAGUCAGGAUACUGGGCAAGUCACUUGGCAGGAAGAAAAUACCACAUCAGGUGAUAGAUGUUUGUUGUUCCUGAUACUGUGCUGCUGUUUGCUUCUGCUUUUUUUUAUAGUACUACUUGAAAGCGCUGCAUCAUCCAACUGCUGCUGUCUAGUGAUGGUGACAUGGUGUUGAAAACGUGUUUGUGUGUAGGAUUUGUGCCUCUUGUAUUGGAAGUUCCAUCACAAAAUGAAGAGUGUCCAUUUGACAUUUUAGACAAUAGUAGUCUAUUUCUUGUAUGCUUUCCUUUUAUAGACACAAAAUCUUCAUUGUCAUAGGUUAAUUUAUCACAAGACAUAUGGGUUUACCUUUGACAGGUAGCAGUCAGUGAAACAGUUGCUCUCUUUGUUCUUAGUGCUCUCUAUGUUGUGGAUUUGAAGAAGUUCCGGAAGAUAGCUGCUGGGGAUCGGCUUAGAGGACAAUAUCAAGGCCUGAGCCAGGAUCCCAACAGUCUCUCCAACCUUGAUCAGGUACUUGUUAUGCUUUCAUUACAGUUUUGUGUUUUUAAAAAUAAUUUUAAACAACUUAAUUUUUAAGGCAUCUGCAGAAUUCUAUCUUUUGGGAAGCUGCAGGGUCAGCACAUAGGUACGUAAUUAAGAUGGGUGCUUGAUGGUGGGAGGACAUAUAUUGAGGUUGGAAUGGAGGCAAAAGAGGACACAUAAAGCACUAGUGGCAGGUGAAUGGCCAAGUGGAACUCAAUAUCCAUAAACUGAAGGGACCUUCUGUGGCAUGUAGGCUCUAGGACUGGUGUGAGAACCAAGUGUAUCAGUUGUGGGACAGGAGGAAACGUGGUCACUUAGAUGGAACUAGAGCUCUUUGCUUUUAAAAGCCAAUAAUUUAUGGUUUGAUAGUUGCCAGGCUUGAAAAAGAAAAACAGCUAGAUACUGUGGGCUUACAAAUUCUCAUUCUGUCCAAUGUCUUCAUGUUGUUAUAACUGUAAUCCAUCAUUCUUGUCUCUUCUUCAUGAAUCUUUUAUGGUCUGAAAACCACAUGGGGUGAUCUCAGCUAGAUUUGUGUUCCAGCGUAUAAUUUUUUUUGGUCAUGUUUUUGCUGUUAAAGUUUGGAGGGCUGUUUGUGUUCAUGCUUGCUUUUCCAGGAUUUCUUGUACCCGCACUAUUCUUAGUUUUCAUAUGAUUACUGGGUUAAAAGAAUUGCAAUUUUGUUUUCCUUCCAACAGGACUUGCCAAACAACAUGAUCCAUCAGGUGCCCAUUAAAUCACUCCCGCAAGAGUGGCUUUGGUGUGAAACGUGGUGCGAUGAUGCUUCGAAGAAAAGAGCAAAAACCAUUGAUCUGGUAAGACUCCUUUGUACACAACAAAGCAGGAAGGGGCACGUGCCACAUUUCAGUAAGAUUUCAAUGUGUUUAAAUUCUAUAAUUUUAUCACAGCAGUAAGGAUACUUUCUCUAGCUUUCCUGCUUUCAUACUUUUUCAAAGAAAAACUUCAUCAGUUAAAUAAGGGGGGUGUUGUGUUCAGAUUUUGCAUUCCCAGGAGGUAAUAUAAUCUCCAAAGACUGGCCUGGGAACCAAAAGCAUCAAUUGUGACCUCUUAGUAAAGUUGUUGCCUUCAGGCAGUGAGUGCUUCACAAUUGUGGACCAUAUGCAACCUGGCAUAGCAAUGCAUAUGUAUGAAACUAUGUUCAGGGAUCUCAGACCCAUCCCCUAAAUUUUGUGGAAUUCUACAGUGUUUAAAUUGGAAAAACUGCAACCGUUGUUAGUGGCCUGGUUCGCAUAUCACAUUAGACCAUAUUUAAAUACAAGCUAUGGUUUAAUUUAGUAACAAAGGUUUGUUUGGAAAGAACAAGCUCAAGCCCAGACUCUGACUUGCUUCCCAGCACACCAGAUAUUCCUAUUAAACCAUAGUUUGCUUUAACUAUGGUUUUAACGUGGCAUGUGAAUCAGACUAAUAACAGUGAAAUUAAAAUAGAAUGAGCAGCAUAGUUUCACUGUCCAAUCAUAUUCAGGGCUUGAGCUACACAGGCACUGUUCAGUAAGUUUUCCCUGUAUGUAUGAAAGGCCACAGAUUUAUUGGCAAUGACUUAUGUGUUGUGUUGUGUUGCAGUGCAAUAACCCAAUGACCAAAGAGCCAAAGCUGCAGGCGGCGAUGAGAAUCGUCCCUGAGUGGCAGGACUACGAUCAAGAAAUUAAGCAGCUUUUUAGGCGUUUCCACGAAGAAAAAGAAUCGGGAGCGCUUUUUGAGACAAAUGAAACUAAACCACAAAGUCGAGAAGGUAAUUGGUUUCCCUCACACUGCUUUUAAGAUGCAGCUGUUACCUGUACACUGAGGUCAGGUGUGCCUGCUGAUGGAGUUGUCUGCCCAUUUCCUAAGACACAAAAGCUCAAAUUGGACCAUUUUAAGGCAUAAAUGCAGAAAAUAUACUAUAGUGAGCCAUUUAAACUUCAGCCUGUGAUAACUGACUAUGCAGGUUUUAUUGUGCCAAAGGUGAGGCGUCUGCACUAGAAGAAAUGGUAGUCAGUCCCUCAGUUAUUUUGACCUUUGGAAAAUCAGUAUAUUAAAUGCUUUUUAAAAAGUGGUUCUAAAGUCAUGGUUAUGCAACAUUCAUACAUAUUCCCCCUCUCCACUUCUCUUCCACAGAAAUGGCAGCGCAUGUGGAAUUAUGAUCUAUGGUGACCCACCAUGUGAGACUAUUUCAUAGACAAUUUUUCUAUCAAAUGCUAGUUUUUUCUAGUAUGUUUGCAAGACUGCUAAGAAAAACUGAAGGGGACGGUGACAAGCUGUAUUACACAUGAUUCAAAUUUGAUUUUGGCUGAUGGAAUAGAAUCUGGAUGAUUGGGAUUAGCGGAACUAUCUUUCUUUACGCCUGCAAGAGAUAGAGGAGCCCACAGAGGAAUAUAGAAUUUUGGAAAUGAUUGAUGUAUGCUGAAAAGCAGCAAGUCUCUUCAUCUAUUUUUUGGCUACUGCACCACUGGACAUCGAGAUUCUGGGUCACCUCUGCUUUUCUCAGGAGCCCAGAGGAAAGGUACUACUCUUAGAGGGUAAAACCUUGAGAAUACACAGGCACUUCCCUCCUUUGUGGAUUGAGGUAGGGCCAACUCUUUCAGGUUUGAACAGGGCUUGUUAUCAUGCCUUGAAUCGAAUUACACAGGUAUAGAUGUCAAACGGAUUCAGGUUUUUUUUCAAAAAAAAAAAAAUACACCUUCAGUUCUGGAAGAACUACAGUUCCGUCUAUUUAAAAUGCAUUGUGAAUAACUCAUUCAUUGUAAGGCAAAAUUUCAAAGCAACCCACCCAACUUCAAGAAAUAUACAUUACAAAUGAAUGCAUAUUUUAAUGAAGCAAACUGUGUGUGGCAUCUAAUACUUUUUUCAUUGCAGACCUAAGAGAGUUGUUACUGAAGACUGCAAAAUUAGUAGGGCAUUAAGACUUCUGUGAAUUUGUGGCUCUCAUGAAUGUACUUUUGUUUAUGCAAAUCUGUGGAAGCUUUAUGAUUUUGUAAGUUUCAUAAGUUUAUUUUCCCUCAAACACAAGAGUGAUUUCAGGUCAAAAAAGCCUUAGAGUUCCUAUAUCUUACACUCUAAUCCUUCUCUCGUGGGCUCCAUGCCCUUCCUAAUUGCUUCAUUUCAGUUUUUCCUUAAAUGCUUCUUACUAUAAAAUGUCAGUCUUCUCUUGCUUUCACACUUUCCAAAUUCUGUUCUGGCCAGGUUUCCAGCUGCGGAAAACAUUUCCCUCUAGAAAACUGACCUUUGAAGGAGAUAACCGACCUUGUACUUUACUCUGUUUUCUAUCUCCAAUAACUCUCCCUCCACCACCACAAUCUCCAUUUCAUAUGAAGUAGGCAAGUCUGGCACAAAAGCACCAUGUUUGAGAUGUACUAAACAGCCGCUUGUGAUUGUAAAAUCUUGUCAAAUCACCACAGAAAGUAUCAAACCAGGUCAUUCUUUUAACUUCACUAAGGGCAGAAGCUCCUCUUCCCUGACUGGCCCUGUCUCAUAGCAAGGAAGCAGGGUGUUUUUCAGAGUUCUUUCAUCUUCUGUCUUCGGAUUUCACUUUUUUCACUUUUUCCUUGAGUAUUUGCUAUUGUUCCCCCCACUAUUUCAGUGUGACCAGAUAGUUGGGGAAGGGAAAUUAUAUUGUCUGUAUCAAUACGUUUUCUGAAAAUAAAUGGGACAAGGAGGGAGAUGCCUCCAAAAGGGAACAGGGGCUGUCUCUCCUCCCCUACCUCCCAGGAGCUGCCUAAGACAUCUAACCUGCAAAAGGUGAGGGCUGGCCAGAAACACCCAAGGCCAAAUAGGGUAGACAGCCCUCUGGAUGCCCAGAAUUCAUGCUUUUCUUUUGUUUUAACCCAUCUCUUUUGUUUUAAUCCAGAGUCCAAAGGACAAUCUUUACACAAGUGGGGAUAUGCAGGAGCAGAAAUAUCCCUAGGGUAAGGCUCCCAAAGUGGUGGGCCACAGCCUUGAGGAACAUGGACCCUCUCCAAUAUCUUCUACCCAAAUGUCAUGCUGCAUGCCCUUUUCUGGGCUGUUUCCAAAAGAUUGACCAGUGAGCAGGGCUUCGUUGAGAGAACAGACGUUAAUGAGCCUUCACUGACUGGGUGAAAGAAUUAUCUGUCCAUUGAUAAUGGAGAAAGAAGUUCUUCAGGUUCUCCACAUUGGGGUGAGGGUGGAGGACUUAAGCAGUAAAUAUAGAGUGCUUCUCAUGUAGCCUGUAAUGUAGGAUGGACCUAAAUCUCGCCUUCAGCAUAGAGCUGCUUAUCGCAGUUUCGUGAAAUAGUUUCACCACCACACCAGACACUCUCUACACAACAUGGAUACUAUGUCACCUUGCUGCCAAAUGCUUUUCUGAUUGAUACUUGACCAUGCACAUCACAAAGUGUGUGGAACGUAAGUGGCCAGGCUUAGGUGUAUCCAACUUUCAGUGAAGGUAAUUCAGCUGGUACACAAAUGACUAGAUGUAGUGCUAAAUUUAUGGAAACACCAGGAGGGCUGAUUGUAAAGGAACACAUUUACCUUCUGAAAUAUGGUGUACAUGAUCCAGUGUGAAGAUUUGCAGAUGCUCUAGUCAGGGUGAUAUGCCAAGCCCUCUAGUUGUGAGCAAUUAUUUAAUUAUAGAAGAAAUGUGUAAUUUUCUAGCUAUUGAAUGAGCUAGGGGUGACAUGAUUUCAACAAGAACAGAAUUGAACUGCAUUUUCUUGACAUAUGCGCCACCAAUAGAGCAUAAAGUAUAGCACUUACUGUGCUAUUUUAAAGGCAGGCACUUGGAAAGCUAUUUAUUAAACUUGCUGCAGCUAUUGAGACAGCUUUAUAUGCUUGCUUAGCUUCAUAAAGAGGAUUUUUUAAAGUUCAGUGUGAAAUGUUUUCCAGUUGUGUAUGAAGGUUGUGUUAGCAUUCCAGAAAAUUGAAGUAGAAAAAUAAGGAAAUGGAAACCAAUUUUUUUUAAACUGCCAUUUCUUUAGGAUUGGCAGUUUGAUUCUCUCCCCCACCCCCUUAUUUAACAUUCAUUUGCCCCCAGUUUGGGUGGUGAUCAAGCAACAAUGCUCUGUCUUUAGACUUGUGGGUUCUGAAGCUCCUUAAGAGAUAACUCCUCUGUCAGGUUUCACAACUUGGACAAAGGAAAAAGAAAAUGAAAGAGGCUGCUGAUGCAGUUGCCUCUUCCAUGUUCUCUCUGCUUCUUCUGCAGCACAUGGGAUCUGUGGCAACUGAAAGGUAGCAGACAUUCAUAUUUGCUCAGAUUCACAGCCACCUCGAUGUCCCAUUAUAAGACUGCAGUUCAACAGAAAGUGUCUCUGCUCACCAUCCGUGCAUUAUGACGCUAUAUGAAGAGGGCUCUCCCCAAAUGAGGGAACUUCCUUCACCUAAAGACUUUGGAGAACACAAAGUUCCAGCCUCUGCCAGUCAGUGCAGAACACAAAUAUUCAGGCUGACUUACAGAUAAAAUCUGUUUUAUUUUUACAUAAUUACACACAUUAAACCUCAGUGCUUAACUAAAUCUAAAUCUAAAGCAUUGCCUGAAAAAUAACCGUAGCAGAUUUCCUAUGAAAUGCUUACCUUAUCUGUAUUUGUUGGCUCCUUAUCAAGGUUACUGCAUCCUGACAACUGGCUGAAGGGGGAACCUAGGUGCUUAACUAGUAAGGGAUUCCGGGGAUAUCUGGUGUGCAGGGUGGUAGUGAGGGAAGCCGAUAAAGGAUCCACAUAAGGUCAUUGCUUUUCAUGCUCAGUUUCUCUCCCUUAAGUAUGGAGGGGAAGCUUAGAAACCUGGAGUAGUUAUGCCCAUCAGGAGGCCCAUCAGAUAAAGUGGGGUGGCUCAGGUAUUGGAGGGGUGAAAGGGAUAACAAAGCUAAGGGACCUAGAUGGCUGUAUUAAGCAAUUUGGUUUACAGUAGUUACACAGCUUAUGGUGGUCAUGUCCCUGCACAAACCACUCUCUUCUAAAAGGAUGGCACUGCUGGGUUACUUGGGUUAUAAGUACAUUACUAUUUAUAUUGGCUUAUUUAUAGGCUUCCCUAUCUAUCAGACCUGGAAAAACGGCACUAGUAAUAAUUAAAUCACACUGGUUGAAGAAUAAUGCUGGCUUACAAAAGCACUACAGAACCUUCAUUGUACAGAAUACAGUAAGCACAAAUAGACAGGUCCCUAUUUGUACUUUUAAUGUCCUUGAGACUUAAAUAUCAAGCUGGCUUUGUAAACUCUGUUUUGAAGAUUGCCUGUGUUGAAGUAAUUUCUGCUCUUCUCUUUCCCCUGCCCACCCCAAAGAAAUUUCAGCAGUUCCUUUUCUCUCUCCCCCACCCUUUCUUUUUAAAGCAUGAAAGUCAGAGAUGGAAGUAAUUGUUAGCUAGCUGUUGGGCUUAAAAUGGGAAUGAGCAAAGGGGUUUUUUGCGGCAUUUAUGUACCUUUUUCUCUUUCAGCUGUGUCCCCAUUCAAUAAUAAUGUGCUGAGUGAAGCUCCUCAUAUCUGUUGAUGUACAAAAUGUUCAGUACCUUCAGAAUGUUACCAGGUUAUAAUUUAUCCUCCCAGGUCUGCUAAACACAAUAAAGCCAUUUUCAUUGUUCCUCUUUAACAAA